ACGGAAGUCGUCAUUGGCGGACCCGACAGGAAGAGGAGCAGUAACAACUAAUGAGCCACGUUCGACUGAUACGCUGUGAAAAUAAGACGCUUGGUUAAGCGUUACUGAGUAUUUCAGCAACGGCGUUGAAUGAGAAGGUGGGAACUAAUUUGAAGUAGAGGUGUGUGGUGCAUAAAUGCCAUAAAUGACAGCGAGAGUGGUUAAAACAUUGCGUGGGUAGCUACAAAAGCUAGCAUACGAUAGCUAAUAGCAACCAGUUGUAAAUGAUCUGAUCUGAGUAUGCUAAACACCUCCACGCUAAAAAUGGGCAGCAUUCUUAGCGUUUCAUCGUCGGAUUAGAAUUAUUUAAAUUGCUUAGCACAACAGUGUCAUGGCAGAGCAAGGCAAGAAGAUGAAGAAGCGAGUCAUCAAAGAAGGUAUUCUUCAAAAGAAAACGAGCCUGCUGAAGCAAUGGCGUCCUCGGUUCGUGGUUCUCAACAGACAGAUGUUGUGCACCUUCAAGAAAGAGGAAGACCAGAAACGUGGGCGCACUGCAGAAGCUCGGAUAUUUCUGAUGGACAUAGAAUCCAUUGAGAAGUUUGAAACCAAGAAGAGAAAGCAUUGUUUUAAUUUGAUCGUGGAAGGAAAGCCAUUCUUCAGCUUCUGUUGUAGUUCCGAGUUCGACAGAGAGCUGUGGAUGUUAUCAGUACAAACAGCUAAAGAGAAUGAACUGAAAGAAGAAGAAACCGACCCAGUUAGAAGGAAAAGCACCAAGUUAACCGGAGGAUUGAAGAGGAUAACGAUCCAGAGAGAAAAAGGACAGGGACUUGGGUGCACAAUUAAAAAUGUCGGGGGUGUCAUCUUCGUGAAUCGUAUCCUCGAAGAUGGGCCUGUUUCUACAUCUGGGAUCCUAAGACCAGGUGACCAAAUUCUUGAUAUCAAUGGGAUUGAAGUUGGAGGACGUUCUGUAGCAGAAAUAAGUGAAAUUAUCAAAGGAAGCCCUGAGUUAGUUGUGUGCACUGUCAAGCCGUCUUCUGAUUAUCGUUACUGUGACACGCACACAACUGAACACACAGAAUACGCUGAAAUAGACUUGGACUCUUUGAAAACUAAAGAUGAUGAAGACAGUGGUGUUUUGUCUAACAAUGGCAGUUUUGACAAUCAAGUAGAAUCAGAGGAGAAAAAGAACAGUCCAAACAGCCAAUUCAAAAGACACUCAUUACCCACAGUCCUACCCGAUGCACAAUCUACAAAGGAACGCAACAAGGAGCAAUCGGUCAACUAUCUUGAGUUGAACUUUCCAGGAAGUGAACGCCCUCGGGGUAGGAGUGAUGUAUCUCGCUCCCCUAGGAUACCCCCCAGGGUUAACAGAGAGCGUAGCACUCCAGGUGCUUACAUAGAGCUUGAGUUCAACAGUAAAGAAAACAAGACGCAAGGCCUUGAAGCAUGCAGGGAAAGCUCUGGUGCCAAACCAGGGGAUGGAAAGAGUAAUUCAUUACCACGACGCUAAGAAAGCUGAGAAAAUCUUAUGUUCAGGGUUUGAAAGUUCAAUUUCUGAUUGAUUAAUUUAAAUUGAAAGCAAUAGAUCCUGUCUGGGAAAAAUGCAGUCUCUUUUACAUCCCCUCUUUACCUUCCCUGUAACACUCAUUAUGUUAGUCCUUACUUGGCACAUCUUGGGACCGAUUUUGAUGGUACAAUUCCUGGAUUCAACUUGAACCCUAUCUACACACAAAGGACACUGCCCUUAUUCUAGACUUGGAUUUUUAGCAUGAUUUGUGGCCCACUUUCUGUCUACAGUUUCUGUCCCGUACAGUGGACACUCUUGGUACAGGAAAACGUUCCAGAGGUUGCAAAUUGUGGAGUGUUAAAAAUGUACCAAUCGUCCCUGGCUGAGCCUGGCUUGGACUGUUUAUAGGAGGUAUCUUUGACCUAAGGUGGACUGUAGUAAGAGCUCAGAUACUGCUCUUGCCAGCCUGGUUAAAGUUAAUUCCCAUAAUUUGGGCUUUCUUUGCUUGUAGAGUGAAGUUUUCUUAUAACUUGAAUGACUUGAACCAAAGAACAUAGUGGUGCUAUACAUACUAAAAUUAAUAUUAGCUCUAAUUUGCUUAUACUAUACUGUGUAGGGUUUUGAACUUUGUCUAUCUCAGCAUUGUAUUGUAAGCUAUCAUAUCAGGGCUCAAAAAAAACUUGACUUACAAGCAGCUCCCAAAUUUUGCUGCCCUGGGCAAGUCUAAGUUUACUUCUUUUUUUUUUAUUUAGUUGGCGGAAGGCUUGCCUGGCCCCUUGCCCAUUGGGCAAGUUAGAAUGAAACAUUACUUGCCCGGCAGGGAAAUCAACUCGUCCCAGACAACUGGAUAGCUCUUUUUUUUAGUCCUGUCAUAUUCUACCUCACCUGAUGAAAAAGUUUGUGUGCUUUCAUCAAUCUCAAAAUUUGCUGUUAAUAAUAUUUCAUGAUCAGAGAACCAUUUCAUUCCAGCCAAAUACACAAUAUUGCUAUCAGUGCAUCAUUUGGCUUUCUGCAUCUUCAUCUCUGACUGCAGGCAAUACAAUGUUCAAUAACAUUCUUAUAGCUUUCCAGGCUCUUUGACUGGGCUGCCAUGAUAUACAGUGGAACUCCGCCUUAUGGCCAACCCGUUCAGGGCUCGACUUUCAGGAAAAAACCUUUGGACCAGCUGGCCCUUAAGUUUUCAUAUUUAAUCGCCAGCAAAACUUAGUAUUUCAGUGAAAAGCAUGGAAAGUUAGUCGCCAGUGAAAAAAAUUCAGUCGUAUUGGCUACCCCAAUGGUCACAAUGUUGAGCUCUGCCUUGGUAUCUCUGCCACUAUAUUCUGGCCCAAACAAAAGCUCAGUCACUCAUUUUCUUAUUUAAAGAACACCUUUAAUACAGUCACCUCGUUAAUACAGCCAGAUUUUUGAGACCAGUUUGUGACCGGAUUAAUGGGGUCCUACUGUACUCGCAAUCUGUUAAGUUGGACAUUUAAUGUCUUGGGCAGAUGGUUCAGUGAUAGUUUAGGACAUACACAUAAUAUAUAGAGGAUAUUACACGGUGGCGAGAAGAUAUGAAUUUUAUGUUCGAGUGGCAAGAACAAUAUCUCACGAG